AGAACACACCCGUGCACAGCAGCAGACGAAACGAGCGAAGUCCUAAGGUCCCAAAGUUGUAGUGAAGCAUAAAAUUGCCAGGGGAAUCGUAGGAAAUAACCGAGGCAUUGCAUCCGAGCGUACGCGACCGUGGAGUGCAUAUCAGUAUGCAGCUUUUGGCGCCGAGUAGAAUGUUCUCGCACUCGGGGCAUUUGUCAAACAGUGGCCGGGCACUUGUGUCGUCUGCUAGAGCAGCAGACAGACUCAAACAAGCGUGCCUGGCGACACCAAUGACAACUCAGACCUCUGCCUUCCACUGCUGCACGGUCGCCAGCCUGCCCAACUUGCAGAGCCGCCUCAAGGAGUACUCCAAAUACUACGUGGGAACUGCCCGCCGGCCUCCGAGUAGACGCCUUUCAUUCAUCCACGAUGUCAGCUACAUGGUGUCGAGGGACACGGACGAGCGUUCAAAGGCGGCCGAGGACGUCCUUUUCGACAUGUUCAAGAACGAGGACAACGACCUGCUACCCAUCGGGAAAUUCCUCGCGGCCCUGAGGCAGACGGGGCUGCGGAAGAAUGACCCCCGCCUGUUCGAGCUGAGCGAGAAGCUGCGCGCUGUUCACCGCCAGUCGGGCUACGAGGGCGGCUCGCCCGAGACGCAGAAGCUGGACCGGGAGACGUUCCGGAGCGUGAUCCAGGCCAACAUGAUCCUCAUCUCAAGGGCCUUCAGGCAUCAAUUCGUCAUCCCCGACUUCGCCGGCUUUACCAAGCACAUAGAGGACUUUUACUACAGAUGCAAGUCCAACUCCGAGGGAAAGGUGGCGAGCUACAUUCCGCAGCUCUCUCGCAUGAAUCCGGACUACUGGGGAGUUAGCGUGUGCACCAUCGACGGCCAGCGCUUCUCCAUCGGCGACGUGACUGUGCCCUUCACACUCCAGUCCUGCAGCAAGCCCCUUACCUACGCCAUCGCCCUGGACAAGCUGGGCCCCGAGGUAGUGCAUUCGUACGUUGGGCAGGAGCCGAGCGGCAGGAACUUCAACGAGCUCAUCCUCGACUACAACAAGAGGCCGCACAACCCCAUGAUCAACGCCGGAGCCAUCCUCGUCUGCUCCCUGCUCAAAACUCUCGUGAAGCCCGAGAUGACGCUGGCAGAGAAAUUCGACUACACCAUGAACUAUUUUAAGCGGCUGGCAGGCGGAGAGCCUAUUGGCUUCAACAACGCCGUGUUCCUGUCAGAGCGCGAGGCGGCCGACAGGAACUACGCGCUCGGCUUCUACAUGCGGGAGCACAAGUGCUACCCGGAGAAGACCAUCCUGCGCGACUGCAUGGACUUUUACUUCCAGUGCUGCUCCAUGGAGGCUGACUGCGAGAGCAUGGCUGUCAUGGCAGCUACACUUGCCAACGGCGGCAUUUGUCCGACGACCGAAGAGAAGGUUCUCAAGUCGGACUCGGUGCGAGACGUGCUGUCCCUAAUGCACUCCUGCGGGAUGUACGACUACUCGGGCCAGUUCGCGUUCAAGGUCGGACUGCCCGCGAAGUCAGGCGUGUGCGGUGGCAUGCUCAUCGUCAUCCCCAACGUCAUGGGGAUCUUCACCUGGUCGCCACCGCUUGACCCGCUGGGCAACAGCUGUCGCGGAAUACAGUUUUGUGAUGAACUCGUCCGCGAGUUUAAUUUCCACCGCUACGACAACCUGAAGCACGCCGCCAACAAGCGAGACCCCCGGCGGCACAAGUACGAGACGAAGGGCUUGAGCAUCGUCAACCUGCUGUUCUCUGCCGCGAGCGGAGACCUCGCAGCACUCCGGAGGCACCGGCUGUCGGGCAUGGACAUGACGCUGUCCGACUACGACGGCCGCACGGCACUGCACCUGGCUGCAGCUGAGGGACACCUCAAGUGUGUGCAGUUCCUCUUGGAGCAGUGUGGCGUACCGCUGCGACCAAAAGACAGAUGGGGUCACUAUCCGAUCGACGAGGCCCAGACCUUUGGCCACAGCACGGUCGUGGAGUACAUGCGCAAGUACGAGGACGACCUGGACACACAGCAGAGGAGUGAGCGACCGGAUGGGGAGGGCGACCAGGACAAGAUGUCGAACAUUCCCAACUAAGGCGCUCAGCGGCGCACUCAAAGGGACGGCAGCACCCCAUUGCACCAAAGGGAGUCUUAUCCGUUACCAACGCAGACUGAGACUGCACUGAUGUGAGACAGUAGUAGGCUUCUGUUUGGGAUUAUCCACAGGUCUCCAAAAGACAUUUUAUUGGGGGGGUUUAAUUUGCAGAAAACUUCAACACCUUGAACGUUUUGUUUUCUAAAUUAACGUACUUCAUAAAUAUCAAUCGACAGACAUUUUGCCGAUAAAAGAGGCAAUGUUUUUAUAUUGAUUAUUGUUUUUCACGUUGGUGCUCGAAAAUAGUCAAUUUGUUAUGUGAUACUUUAUCGUGCUGCCGGUGCCAGUGUAGUACUUUUCUUCAUUGACGUGUUACAAUGUCAAAACCAUGCGCAAGCCUGCCAGUUUGCAUGUGGCGCCGCUUGAAGUACAAACAAGAAAGGAACACGUUUCCAUGCGGGGUCCUCGGUCCUCCACACACCGGGGUGGGCUUUACGCCGUAUUUACUGCUUCGUGUACUUCGCGUGUGACACUUGAAUUGUUCGUUGCGCCCAUCGUACACAGGUGCAAUUUUUUUUCUAGUCUGAAUCUUUUAUGUGAUACUGAGUCCUGCUGAUUUUUUUAAAUAAGUGGAUAUUUUUAGUUUAAAUACACUGUGUAUAAAAGAAAAUGUGGUUUGAAACAUUCCACUCAAGCUAUAAUUUUUUGUGAGGUUUCUGUACUUACAGUAUGUUCUCUAGCCUAAGGUAUAUCAUCUGCUGUUCAGUGUUGGUGUCAUUUAAAGUUUAUAAGAUAGUUUGUGAAUAUUUUACAAAAGUCAUCCAGUUGUCUUGAUGUGUAUGGGUUUAUAAUGUCCUUCCAGUAUUAAUUUUAAUAGGACAAGUCAAAUGGAACAUUUGGAUUACGGUGUACAGGCGUACCCUAGUCUGAAUAUAUUGUGGGUAGACGAAUCCAUUUGAUUCUUUUCUACUCAGAUGACUGAAGGUGCUGGUGUGGAAAAAAAUCAAGUGAAGAAGCUGACCCAUCAACGGUUGUCAGUUAUUUUGUUUCUUUUAAUACGAACACGCUGUAAAAAUUCUACAAAGCGUUGCUUCAGUAAAAUGCGAUGUAAACGGAAGCCUCGUAAAUUACGAAGAAAACGGAAGCCUUAGGAUGCACGACUUUGUAGCAUACGCGGCAAUGCGUUGAAAUUACGAAGAAAUACGAACAACAAAGAUUGCUUCGCAUUACGAACCGUCCGUUUUUCUCUGUAUACGAUACGAAACAUUGCUUUGUAGACUUUUCUCAGUGCACAAGACGUGUUAUGCAAUAAUGGGUCGGGCUCGGUGGCUGUGCCGUGAGUCAGACCAUAGUUGUUAAAUAUAUAUGAGGGGAAAAGUUUUUAUUGGUCAAUUAUUUUUAAGACGUGUCCAAAAGUUCCUGUCGCCUUGUGGCGUGCCUUUGGCUUCCCUAUGUGAACUGUCCCGUUUUUUCUUAUUUAAUAUGAAGAGAUGUACUUACAUAUCUUGGCGCGUCACAGCUUAGCAAUCAAGUAACGCAACAAUAAAUUCGUGAACUUUCGAUCCGGCUGUAGAUAGAGGAAUCACAACUCAUCUUAACAUUCUUAUUGUACAAGCGGGUAUUAGUAAUAAUAGCACUAUGGACCCGAAGGGCUCCCUGCCACGCGAUGCAAUAAACAAGGCAAAGGCCAUUAUUCUACCCUCCAGGUGCCCUAAACUUAGCACGAAGACACGGUUUCGAACCAUUUUUAGCGUUCUUUUCAAGUGACACAAUAAAUGUAACGUUUUAUCUCCCAGUCUUUUGGCCUGUGCUGAAUUUUUAGAUGAGCAUCGGGUUCCAGUAUAAACAGAGUGUUUGUCUUUUGUUUCGAAAUUGACGUGAGCGUGAAGUUGUUCUUGUUGUUCGCUCAGACUCGAGUGUAUUGAAGUGUAGGCAAGUUCUGGACCCGGUGUAACUGUGAAUGCGCAGCAGUGUUGCGGGAUUGAAUACUCAACAAGGCCGCAGGGACCAUGGCCCCUUACGGGUAAAAAUAGUAGGCAAACCCGCAACACUGCUGCGUAUUCACAGUUACACCCGGUACAUCUGCUAACAGAAUCAACAAUGACCUGUGUUUUGCUUGUAAUUCUUAAUUCAAUCUAGAACUCACUCAAUUAUUUAGGUAUAUAUGUGAAAUGUGAGUGACUUUUUUUAAACCAUCCAAUGUCUUAUUCGUCAUUCGUUCCUAAUUCGUCACUAGUUCUGUAAAUGCUCGUGUGCUGCAAUCGCAGAUUUAAUUGAAUUGUAAGUACUUAAAGUGAUUUAAAGACAAUAAGCUGAAAUGUCCAUCUUGGACUUUCCAGCACCGAGGGUUCGGCAUGUUAUUAUCAAAUAAAACGGCUGUAUCUAUGAUUAAUUAUGUAUGUUCUAAAAUCAUUAUAUGUAUCUAAGAAAUUUUAUGUGCAGCGUUGGCAUGUUAAUAUGAACAUUCUCCAAAAAUAUAAACAUAUAUCACAA